UAAUUAAAAUCGAAAACGCUUCUACCCUCUCUUGGCUCUUCCAUUGCCUUUGUUUCCUCCCUCACGCGCCCACCAUUAGGCGAAAUCGGCGAAGGGUAGUACCGUACGGCGGCGGUUGGGCGAAAAGGGAUUGCCGUCAGAGGAUCCGGCAGGUGAAAUCGCGGUCGUCGGUUGCGGAGUGGCAGCCGGCGGCGGAUCUAUGAGCGGCGUCCGGCUCUACGGAGGGGAUUGGAGAUCGAGAGCCUCUUGCCGGCGAACGGUGGCGGAUAGAUGCCCCUCCACGGCGAUCUAGGCCUCUCUGGACCGGCGGUGCUGGUUCUCCUCCUCUUGGGCCCCGCGUUCGCCCUCGUGGUACGGAGGAGAUGGCGGCUGGCCGCGGCGAGGCAGGCGGAGGUCCGGCGGCUGGUGCGGCUCGCGGCGGAGGAGACCGCGCGGGCUGAGAUGGAGGCGAUGGUCGCCUACUCGGCCGCGUCGGCUGCGGCUGCGGCUGCGGCUGCGACUGCGACUGCGACUGCUUCUGUUGCUACGAUUGCCAAAGACACCUCGGCGUGGCCGGAGUGUCCCGUGUGCUUUAGCCCGGCCACCGCGAGAUGCGCCCGGUGCAAAGCUGUCAGAUACUGCUCUGGCAAAUGCCAGAUUAUUCAUUGGAGACAAGGCCACAAGGAUGAAUGCCAUCCACCACCUGUAAGUGAUCACCAUGGUGGUGAAUCAAAUAUUUCUGGUCUCGAGGGAGAGCAAGCUGACUGCUCUGGUUUACCCAAGAGGGAUCUGGAGCACAAAGAGGAACUAAGCACCAAAGCAGCUGAGGCAUUUUCCAAGAGGCCUGCUGCAUCUGAUCCCACAUUUUCUUCUAGUGGUUUUAACAGAGAAGACAAACAUGAAGAAAGCAAUUCUAUGAAUGUUUCUGGAAAGGAAAGCACUUCUGGUUCACUGGAACAUAGUCUGGGAAGCACUUCUGGUUCCUUGGUACCUGGUCACUCAACAUUUUCUCAUAGUGUUGGGACUCCUGACGAGGCUUUGUCCAGUGACAAGCUACUUCCAAUACAUGAUGAUAGGGUAGGAGAAUCUUCAUCUUUUGAUAUUCCUACCAAUAGCCUCAGAACAGCGGUCAAUACUAGUUAUGAAAAUCCAACAAAUCCUGCAACUCCUGAGCUUGCUAUAUCAAAUUCUCCGACAAAUAAUGCAUGUUGCUCCAGUGAUAUAAAGAAGGCAUCAGCAUCUGAAACGGAGGCAGAUGAAUCAAGGUUGAGGGGCUUAUCUGGCUCAAAAGCAACCUCAUCUCUUGAUCAUACAAAUACUGAACAUUCUGAGGUUGCCAGUGAAGGUGAGGUCACUCCUCUGAGAGUUAGCAAUGGGAUUCAUCUGCGCACAUCCUCAAAGUCUGAAAAUUCUUAUGCAUCUGCUUCAUUGGAGGCAAAAUCUCAAUCAGAGCACAAGGAGGCACUUACUUCAAACAUGAAAACAUCAGGACCUGUUGCUAAUGGGACGAACACUCAAUUACAGUCCUUGAAGUCCAGAACUUUGGGAUCUUUGGCAUCUGUUUCUGAUCAAUUAUUAUCAAAUGGUGGUGCUCACCCUGUUGUACUUUACAAAUACUCAAAGGUUGGUAAUGCACCUAAAAAACCGAAUGGAGCACCUGCUACUUUUGAUUCUUUACAAAAUGGGAUGUCGACAUCUGACACAAGAGUUGUUAAGGAGGUCACAUCUAAAAUUUCAAGGCAUUACUCUUCCGAAUUGAUGCUUUUUCCUUAUGACCGUUUCAUCAAACUUUACAACUCUGACAAGAUCGAAUUGCGUCCCUGUGGUCUAAUUAACUGUGGAAACAGCUGUUAUGCAAAUGUUGUUCUCCAGUGCUUGACAUUUACUCGGCCAUUGACUGCAUAUCUUCUUGAAGGUCUUCACUCCAGAAUAUGUCCAAAGAAAGAGUGGUGCUUUACAUGUGAAUUUGAAAGUCUUGUGAUGUUAGUAAAAAACGGGAGAUCUCCUUUGUCGCCCAUUGGCAUACUCUCUCAUUUACACAAUAUUGGAAGUAAUUUUGGCCAUGGACAAGAAGAAGAUGCCCAUGAGUUUUUAAGGUAUGCUAUCGAUUGCAUGCAAUCAGCUUGCUUAAAGGAAGCUAGAAAAAAACCAGAUGGUUUAUUGGCAGACGAAACAACACUUAUACAACAAAUUUUUGGUGGUUACUUGCGAUCUAAGAUAAGGUGCAGCAGAUGUAAGGGCAAGUCUGAGCGAUGUGAAAGAAUGAUGGAUGUUACUGUUGAGAUCGAUGGCAACAUUGCUACUCUUGAUGAAGCACUUCUCCGUUUUACAUCUAUAGAAAUUUUGGAUGGGGAGAACAAGUAUGAGUGUGACAGAUGCAAGUCUUACGAGCGAGCAAAAAAGAGAUUGACAAUACUGGAGGCUCCCAAUGUUUUGACCAUCGUGUUGAAACGAUUUCAGUCUGGUAAAUUUGGCAAACUCAAUAAAGAUGUUCGGUUCCCCGAGUACCUUAAUUUAGCUCCUUACAUGAGCGGAGAUGACAAGUCCCCUGUUUACCGUCUGUAUGCAGUAAUUGUUCACAUAGAUGUCAUGAAUGCUUCCUUUUCUGGUCACUAUGUCUGCUAUGUGAAGGAUACGCAAGGCAAGUGGUACGAGACCAAUGAUAGUGAGGUAAAACCCAUGGAGCUUGAUAAGGUCUUAUCGAAAGGUGCAUACAUGCUUCUUUAUGCCAGGUGUUCGCCACGUGCUCCAAGCUCCGUAAGAAAAGCAAUGGCCCAGGAUCUUCCACACGCAAAGAAGCCCAGAAGCAAGGAAAUCAAGGGAAAGCCUGGUGGUUCAUCGGUUGCACAUUACCUUUACCCACCUCGGAUAAUUGGUGACCAGUCCAGUUCUCACUCAUCAGAUAUGUUGAGUGAGAGACUCCGUCUUCCCUUGAUUGAUUCUUCCAGCGACAGUUCCUCUCUUUUCGAUGAAGGUUCCUCCUGUAGCACAGAGAGCACAAGGGACUCGACAAGUUUUGAAGAGUACUGGGAGCACAUGUCGGGAGAAUCGGACAGUAUCAACCUGAAUAGCCCCCUAAGAAUCUUUGAAGAUUCUGAUGGAUUCGCUCAUUCUCCUCGGGGAUCGGUGCGUUCCUCAAAAGCAGUCUUAAAUGGAUCACUGCCUGAUCUCCCCAGCAGCAACGAUUCUGGGUCGAAUGCUAGUUGUUCCGGCAGGGAAACCGAUCAAGUGGAGGCUGAGCGGUACGACCGCAUCAAGCAUGACAGCAAUGGGAACCCAUCCUCACUGUAUUCUGAUGAAAGAGAACAUUGUAUAAACUCGACAGAACACACUAGGACGUUAGUGACCGACUGGAUUAGCCCAAAUAAUGUGAAGUCUGGUAUAUUAUUGAGAAGACCGACUAGUGAAAGAACUGCCCAAACAUUUUAUUGAUCUGUUUGGGUUGUAGAGAAAAUUAAUUAGGUUGUAUUAUGGGCAGUUUAAAGGAAAUGGAAAAAGGGAAGAUAGUAGGUUUUUUUUGGUC